AUGGAGAAUAACACUGACCAGACCGACCAAGACGUCAAACUCGCGCACGAGGGCAUGAACGACCAAGUCCAGUGCUCUGGAAGCCCGGCUACCACGACAGUCCAAGCCACUGAGCCUAAUAAGUCUGAAGAAGCCCGCGACGAAAUUGCAGGAGAUCUCGACACGAUGCAGACAUUGAAAGAUGAGAUCCAGGAGAUCAAAGAGAGUCAGCAGCGGGCCGAGGCCGAGGUGCAGAUCUUGCGGGCGACGAUCCUCGAGCUGAAGGCAGAGGUGGACAAUGCGCGCGCCCCUUCAUCAAACUCCGCUACGCAGCCGCCCACCACGUCGUCCUCUACCGGCAGCAAGGGAAAGAGGAAGGGAGGUGACGACGGGAUCGCCGAUCAGGCCGCCAAGAAUAGACUGAGGUUGUUCCACAAGGACCAGAGAAAGGAGCUGGAAGAAAUGGCCGAGACAGUCGAGCUUAUGCGCGCGGUAGUCAAACGGAUCGUCCCGCGCGAGGAUCUCUGGGAUUGGAACCAGAGCCUUCUGCGCAAGUCCUUCUUCGGCCUCCUCACGAGCCGGACCAGACUCCGCAGGCUUCAGUCGUUCAUGGACGAGUGCAAUACCAAGCAUUGGCACUGCUUGAACUGCAUAAUCGCCGGCGAGGAUGAUACGGCAGUGGUGCCGGCAACGGAGUCCGAGGAUGAUGAGGAAAUCGACUAUAGCAUUGGGUGUUGGGAGGGUUGCGACGACUGCGUUUACCUCGCCCGCGUAGACAUGGACGGGGCCGCAGGCAGCCGAUACUACUAUGCUCGCUACGUAUUCGCGACCUCCGAGUCCGCUUGA